GCGUGUGUAGCAUCACGUCUUGAAGAAAUAUGCGUCCGUCUUCGUAGCCUGUCGUAUUCGUGUUCAUUGUUCGCUUCAGUUCACUUGCCCGUGGUUCCAUUUAUUGGAUUUAGUAUUAGUAACGUACUAAAGGCGUGUUACCGUCUUAUUUUUAUUCUGACGCUAUCCGACAUUAUAACUCAGACAUUCUAUUCAUAAAAUUAUUAUUUAAAAUAUACUUGUAAUUUUAUAAAUAUAAAUAUGAGGGAAAUAAUUCAUUUACAAGCCGGCCAAUGCGGCAACCAAAUUGGAUCAAAGGUGAAAUACUUUUUUUUACUCACGAAAAUUGUAAUUUUCCACGUGUUUUUGGACACGUCUUUUGGAAAUUCCCGCGUAUUUUAAUCUAUACAAGCAUUCAUUACCAAAUUGGUACAAAUAUUUGUAAUUAUCAAUGACGAAAAAAAAAAAAAUUUUGUUAGAAAAGUUUAGAUAUAAAUUUAUGAAUCAUUUUUAAUAAGACGAUUUAAGUCCGUGACGAAUAGAUAAAAAAAAAUUAAACUUUUAUCAUAAGCGCUAUCAAAGUGAUAAAUGAAAUAUUUGUUGUGAAAUAAUGGAAUUAAAAAAAAAAUAAUAAAUUGAUGUCAAGUAAUUUUUACGUGAGGGUAUUUUAACGUGUGUGGGACAAAAUUUAAACGUGAUUUCUAUAAGUGUGCAUGUGUUUUAUAAAUAACUACAGUACAUUAUAUUAUGUACUUGUUCUCAGUGUACUUGGAUGUGUACCGUACGGAGAGAAAUCGUUUGCACAUGCGUUUUGCUAUUUUAAAUUAUUCCAAUAUGUUCUGGCAAAAUAAUUUCAUGUAUUUACAAAAAUUGACUGUCAUAUUUGUUAUUUAAAAUUUUGGGAAAUAAUCUCUGAUGAACAUGGCAUUGAUCCAACUGGACACUACAUGGGCACAAGUGAUUUACAAUUGCAGCGUAUCGAUGUUUAUUACAAUGAAGCUAACAAUCAUAAAUACGUUCCACGCGCGAUCCUUGUUGAUCUUGAACCAGGAACCAUGGAUUCGAUUCGCAGUGGACCUAUUGGUCAAAUGUUCCGACCAGACAAUUUUAUAUUUGGACAAAGUGGCGCAGGAAACAACUGGGCUAAAGGACAUUACACUGAAGGAGCAGAGCUGGUUGAUUCAGUACUCGAAGUCGUGAGGCGAGAAUCUGAGGGCUGUGAUUGUCUACAGGGAUUUCAAUUGACUCAUUCAUUGGGAGGUGGUACUGGAUCAGGGAUGGGAACUUUACUUAUUUCUAAAAUACGUGAGGAAUAUCCAGAUCGAAUUAUGGCUUCCUUCAGUGUCUUUCCAUCACCAAAAGUUUCUGAUACCGUUGUAGAGCCUUACAACGCCACUUUAUCAGUUCAUCAGUUAGUCGAGAAUACUGAUGAGACAUUUUGUAUAGACAACGAAGCACUUUAUGACAUUUGCUUCAGAACAUUGAAACUUACGUCCCCUACUUACGGAGAUUUGAAUCAUUUAGUUUCUGUCACAAUGUCCGGAGUAACAACUUGUUUAAGAUUUCCUGGACAAUUGAAUGCUGAUCUUCGUAAGCUAGCGGUGAAUAUGGUCCCUUUCCCACGACUUCACUUCUUUAUGCCUGGAUUUGCUCCACUUACCGCACGUGGAAGUCAACAAUAUCGCGCUCUAUCUGUCCCUGAACUGACACAACAGAUGUUUGAUUCUAAGAAUAUGAUGACUGCUUGUGAUCCAAGACACGGACGUUAUUUGACAGUAGCGGCUAUUUUCCGAGGUCAGUUGUCGAUGAGAGAAGUCGAUGAACAAAUGCUCAGUGUACAGAAUAAAAAUUCAAGUUAUUUCGUUGAAUGGAUACCCAACAAUGUUAAGGUCGCCGUUUGCGAUAUUCCACCACGUGGAUUAAAAAUGUCAGCAACAUUUAUUGGCAACUCAACAGCUAUUCAAGAAAUUUUCAAACGUAUAAGCGAACAAUUUACCGCGAUGUUCAGACGCAAAGCUUUCCUUCAUUGGUACACUGGUGAAGGUAUGGAUGAAAUGGAAUUCACUGAGGCCGAAUCUAACAUGAAUGAUUUAGUAUCCGAGUACCAACAGUACCAGGAAGCAACAGCAGAAGAUGAAGAAGCGUUUGAAGAUGAAGAAGGAGCGGAAGAAGUUGAAGCCUAAUUUUAUAACAGAACUCUAAAUCAAUGGUUUAAAUUUCAAAUUUUAAUAAAAUCAACUCAAGUAUUUUUAGUUAUAAAGAAAUUUAAAUAUAACUGAUAAUUGUCAUCCGAUAUCUUUGUUACUACUUCCAUAUUAGAUAAUAACAUAAAACUAAUUACAUAUAAAAAA